ACCAGCCAGUUGUACGUAAACCACAAUCAUAGCGAAUAUUUUAUAGAUAUAAGCGAUCAUUCAAACCGAUUCACCGAUUCAUUAUUCUUUCGUUCAUUGCGUUGAAUAGACGUACCGGCCCAGCCAGUCAGCCAGCCAUCCAGCCAAACUUGGAAAGAAACAACGAAAGAGAAAACCAACGCACCAACGAUCCCCAUUCAGCAAACACAAUUUGUGCGCAUUUCCCAUUUGAAAACGGAUCGAUUGAUCGACCAAACCGAAUGACCGAUAGUGAAUCAAGAACAUUACCAAAAUUCAAUAAUAACGCAAAAUUUUGUUUUCUUUUCAAUUUUUCAAUUUUGUCCCGUUAAUUUCAAAGGAAAUUUUUUCGAGGAAGAAAAAAAAAAACAAUUUGUGAAAAAGUGUUUGGUUUCAACUGAUGUAAAAUAUAGAAACAGAUUGUGAUAAGUGAAAAUUAAAUUGGUUUAUCACAAACGACAAUUUAUCAAUUCACGGAGGUUGUUUUGAAAUCAGCAAGAGAUUACGAAAGAAAGGAAACAGAAAAAAAAGCAAACAGCAAAUAUGUACAAUAUAAGCCGGAUAAUUGUGAUGCUGUGCACCGUUUCAGCGGCAAUGUGCACAACAUUGCCAACCGAUACAUUGGCCGCAUCAAUAGAUGAAGUUCAAAAGAAAUUUUCAGCAGGUGGAACGGCUGAAAAGCGAAUCAUCAAUGCCAAUGCUCGAAUGACGGAAAUUAGUGAAAAUAAAAUAAGCGAAUUAAAUAAUAAUGAUGAUGGCAAAACGGCUUCGAGUGAUUUUGAGCCGAAGAUCAAGGAUAAAAAUCGAAAUGAUAAAAUGCUGGAUUACUAUCGAUAUUUUGCACCUACGGCAUAUCCAAUGCCGUAUGUUCCAUAUUACAAUCCAUAUUAUCAACAGCCUUAUAUGUCAGCAUUUUAUUCGCCUUAUUACUCUGGUUCGAUGAUUGAUCCAGCAAUGCAAUCGGCCGAUGAAUACGAUGAAGAAUACUCGGACGCAAAUGAUAUCGAUAGCGAAAAUGAUGAUGGAUCAAGAGCAAAUAACAAACGUCGACCUGGUGCAUCGAAAAAUUCACCGAUCUUUUAUAUUCGAUUACCACCGACACCGUAUAUGUUCGUACCUGGCAUGGGCUACAUAUCGCAACCACCAACCAUUCAACCACUUACACCACAGUAUCCAAUCAAUCCAUUUAUAAAUUUACCAAUUACUUAUCUUAGCAAUGCAAAACCAACCGGAGUCUUUCCAUGGAAUCAACAACCUUCGGCCAAUUUCGGUGCACCACAAUUUCCAUCGUAUUUGCCGCCACGGCCACAAAAGCCAUAUCGUCCAAAGCCACAAUUGACACCCGGUCCAGACUCAAAAAUCACACAUUUAGGCUCAUAUCUAUUUAACGGUCGUCCCGAAAGUAUCUAUCUGAUGCCACCAUAUAAUCCAUAUGCAUCACCAUAUCAUUUGCCAAAUCCAUAUCAAGCCGCCGCUCCACUUCCACCAACACCAUACAAUCCAUACGCACCCAUUUAUGCGCCGCAACCAGCAUUACCCAGCUAUUACUAGACCGAUUCUCGAUCAUCAAAAUGAAAACAAACAAAACUAGUGCAUUUUUUCAGGAUGCUCUCCGAGAAUGAGACGUAUUUAUUACACUCUUAGCAUCUACCACAUGCAAAGGAAAUUAGACUUUCUAUUAUUAUUUGUUUGUAGUGUGUACUCUUGAGGUACUCUUGAAGCAAUUAUCAGCGGCAAUUUUUCUUUUUUAGUAAACAUUUUCAUAGAACACAUAUAUUAAUUAAGAGCUUACCGAAUUUUAUAAGAAACAGAAGCAAAAAUGAAAACAAUGAGAUUGGCAUUUCAGUCAUGGAUCGGCUAAAGAGUUGAUUGACGCGAUGAAUAAUAAAAAUUUAACUAUGAUGAAUAUGCAAUAAUAUUUAUGCGAUUAAAUGUAGAUAGUAUAGUUUUUAAUUGGAUUUGCUGCUCUGUAGACUGUAAGACUUUUUCAUUACGUAAUUAGGAACAAUAAAAGCAUUGACAUUGCAUAUUACGUAUUAGGUCCUCGUUCUCAUCACAUACAUUUAGAUUAUUCUAAGAAUCGUCAACGCUUUUACUAUGAAUAAAACGUUAUUUGUAUUUCUACAAUGAAAAAUAUCGCAUAUCCCG